UUCUCUUCAUUUCUAACUCUCUCUCUCUCUCCUCCUCCUCUUCUUCCACCAUGCACCACAAGUCCUUCUCAACCUCACUGCUUUUCCUUUGCAUCCUGCUGAGGAGCAGCCAGGCCCUUAACAACGACGCAACCGAGCAUGCGGGAAGCCUCUUCUUUCACGAUGGCCCACCCCAGGAGGACGUAAAGCCGGGAAAUGUAUCCCAGAACCGGGCUCGGGCCGGUGGGAGAGCGGCGGGACAGGACAGAAGCGAGCGAAGCCAGAUGGGCUGCAGAGAGCUGAGGUCCACCAAGUACAUCUCAGACGGCCACUGCACCAGCAUCCACCCCAUCAAGGAGCUGGUGUGCGCCGGCGAGUGUCUCCCGGCUCAGAUGCUUCACAACUGGAUCGGCGGAGCCCGGCAGUACAAAAAAUUCCGGACUCGCCACAGCGCGGCUAACAGCAGCGGCCAGGACUGGCGUUGCGUCAACGAUAAAACCCGUACUCAGCGCAUCCGGCUGCAGUGCCAGGACGGCAGCAGCAGAACGUACAAAAUCACCGUGGUCACCUCCUGUAAGUGCAAGAGGUUCUCCAGGCAGCACAACGAGUCGGGGAAUAAGUUCGGGCCUCUGACGCCAACCCAGACGCUAAUCCCGCUCAAGUCCAAGAGCAGGAAGGUGAUGGGAAAGAAGCACAUGAGCCAAAAUUGGCACCAGACUGCACCAUGAGGAGUGGAGGCUUUGAGGCCUUGCCAAUAGAUUCUUUCAUCAUGUUUGUAAACAACAGGUGGCAGAAUGCAAGUGACAUGAACUGACAAAAAAUUGGGGAUUCUCCAAAAGGCUAAGGUUAUAAGAAAAAUCAAACAAUUGUCACCAGUCUGCUAAAGCCUUCGCCACCUGGAAGUACACAAAAGGUCAUGAUGAAAAAGUCUAUGUGGAUUACGGCGUCGCUCAAAAGGCUGGACUUGAUUUAUGCCGAACUGGAGGAGAUCUAAGGAUUUCCUUGCCAUUUAAAUAAUGUGAACAGAAAUUGUAUUGAGAGAAACAUGCAUUGUCCUAUGUAGUCAUGUGUUUUUGCUGUCCAACACCAGUAAAAGAAUAAGGUUGCAAAAUUCCAGGAAUUUGGAAACUUUCGACAAUAAUUCAUGUGAAUUCACAGGUAUUUAAAGGAUGGGAAUCUUGCAUGGAUGUCCGCGUAUGACAAAACAAAAUGUUCAUAAAUAUGAUCCUUAUUUCCCAGUAUAGAAUAUUUCCAAGUUUCUCCAUCUUAAAUUCCAAUGGAAAUAUACCAUUUAUUUUCCACCUGUUUAAACCACACUUUGUGUAUAUGUUAAAAUUGGACUUUUCUUUCUCAUUUUGUUUUUCCCUCCUACAACCGUGUGUAUAAAAAUAAGGAUGUAAUAUAUUCCAUGUGGCUGUAAUGUGUAGAAAAGCUUUGCCA